AUGACAUGCCCCAACAAUCAGACUGCAAACCCCUUUUUUGUGGAUUCUUUAAUCAACGCGAGAAGCGAGUCUGGCACCUAUUACCAAAGUAACGGCGUGUAUCUGCCCCCAGCCGCGGAGUACUCGUACGGGCUGUCCGGGGCUGGCUCGUGCUUCCCGGGGCUCGCUAAGCGCACGGAUCCGAGCGGCCAUGUCCCCGCGUCCGCGCCUUAUGUCCAGGGGAUGGAAACAUGGCUGGAACAGAGCCGCUCAUGCCGCGUGGAGCAGCAGCAGCCGCACGGAGUGCAGCACAUGACCCCCUGUUCAUUUUCUGCGAGCAUUAAAGAGGAGAGCGCCUACUGCCUUUACGAGCCUGACAAAUGUCCUAAAGCAGCGACUGUAGAUGACAUCUCCUAUUCAGGGGGCAGCACAGUCCCAGUGCCCGGCUACUUCCGUCUGUCCCAGACCCCGUACACGUCCUCCAGAGUCUACCACGACUCUCAGCCUGGACUGGACCACUGCAGUCCGGACAGAGUUACCCGUUUGGAGCAGAGCGUGUCCCAGCCUCAGCACGCAGCGCCCACAGAGCGCGUGGGAGAGGGGAGCCACGAGGAGGCGCCUUGCGUCCCGGACCGAGAUGAAGACAGCCGCCCGUCAUCAGAAGUCUCAUCCUCCCCAGAACCCACGGAGAGCGCCGCGGAGAGCCCCGAGAAGCCAGCUAAAGGAGAAGAUAAGACAGAAAGCACUGCAAACUGGCUCACAGCGAAGAGCGGCCGCAAAAAGCGCUGUCCCUACACUAAACACCAGACCCUGGAGCUGGAGAAGGAGUUCCUCUUCAACAUGUACUUGACUAGGGAGCGCCGCUUGGAGAUCAGCCGCAGCGUGCACCUCACCGACAGGCAAGUCAAAAUCUGGUUCCAAAACAGGAGGAUGAAACUGAAAAAAAUGAGCCGCGAGAACAGAAUUCGAGAGCUGUCCACUAACUUCAGCUUCUCGUGA